AUGCACGUCAUCAAGCGCGACGGACGCCGCGAGCCAGUCAUGUUUGACAAGAUCACCGCGCGCAUCAAGAAGCUGUGCUACGGCUUCGACCCAAAGUACAUCGACCCGACGGUCAUCACCAUCAAGGCGCGGGCCACCACCGACCCACGCCCGGCGAGCGUGUACGACGGCGUCUCCACCACCGCGCUCGACGACCUCGCCGCCGAGACUGCGGCGUACCUGACCACGCAGCACCCUGACUGGUCGAAGCUCGCCGCGAGGUCGCCGAGCGCGGUGGUGGAGACGCCGUCGUACACGCCUUGA